CUAAAACGUGAAAGAGUCGACAAACAUGGCCACAACCAGCGACCGUGCCACCGCUCUCAAAGAAUUCGAGGAAACCAAGGCCGGAGUCCGAGGCCUUCUUGACUCCGGCAUCACCUCCAUUCCGGCCAUCUUCCACCACCCCAACAUCCACCUCUCAUUAAUCCCCACAGCCACCAGCAAUGUCUCCAUCCCCACUGUCGAUCUUUCCCUGCCCCGCCCCAUCGCCGUUGACCUUAUCCGUUCUGCAUGCCAAGACUGGGGCUUCUUCCAGCUCGUCAACCAUGGCAUCCCUCUCUCCAUCAUCGACAAGGCCAUCACCUCCGUCAAAUCCUUCCACGAGCUCCCAUCCACCGUCCGUUCACAAUACUACAAUCGUGAACGUGAUUCCCAGGUCAGCUACUUCUCUAACAUUGAUUUAUUCCGUUCCACAGCGGCGAGCUGGAGAGACACGUUGCAGAUCAGUUUCUGUCCUGUUCGACCGGAAUUGGACCGGAUCCCGGAGGUUUGCAGGGCGAAGCUGGUGACUUGGGAUGAGCAGGUGAAGGAGGUGGCAAGGGAAGUGAUGAGGAUGAUGUGUGAGGGCCUUGGAGUGGACCCGACGAGAUUGGAGGAGAUGACUUGUCUGGAGUGGAGGAGGAUGGUUUGUCACUACUACCCUCCUUGCCCGGAGCCUGAUAGGACGUUUGGGACCGUUGAUCACACGGAUCCCUCGGUUUUAACGGUCCUGCUUCAAGAUCAGGUUGGGGGACUUCAGGUGAAGAGAAAAGGGAAGGAUGAUGAGCAAGACUUUUGGGUUGACGUGAAGCCUGUUCAUGGUGCUGUUGUUGUCAACGUUGGUGACCUCCUCCAGAUAAUUUCCAAUGGUGAAUAUGAGAGUGUGCAACAUCGGGUGAUAGCUAACUCUAAUGAAGAACCAAGAAUAUCGAUUGCUGUCUUUUUCAACCCUGGAAAAAAAGGAGAGUUAGAUCUAUAUGGUCCUUUGCCAGAGCUAAUAUCAAUUGAAAAGCGAGCUCAGUACCGUUAUAUCAAGAUUUCAGAGUUCAUAAGGACAUUUCAAAGUAAAGAGUUAGGGAGUAAAUUUCUUCAACAUUUUAGGCUACCCUGAAAAUAAUAAAUGUUGAGCUGCUAUUGAACUUUCUAUAUUUACAGCUAUUUUCUUUUGUAAAACAUUAAAUAUAAAUUUUAA